UUAAUCUAAAGUGUUUUCAUUCUUCUCGUAAAUUUUUAACUAUAAAUUUCUCUUUUCCACUAUUUUUAUUCUGCAGAUACAAAUGUAGAUCUUUAUUUUCUCAUGACGUUUCGUAUCUUAAUUGGCUGCUGGAUCCUAAUCGCAUUUGUUUUGACAUCGGCAUACGUCGGCACAUUGCCGUCUUUCAUGGUUAAUCCUGGAACUGAAUCCAUUCCUCAGACAUUUCAAGAAUUGAUUCAGUCAGUGAAAGCAGGACGAUACAACAUCACUUUCUUCAAAAGGAGCGAUGAAUGUCGUUAUUUUGAUCGAUGUAUUUCAAAGCUCUGGUCCAGGAAAAAUAUAAUUAAAAAUGAUGUAAUCGAAAUCUUCUAUGAAAACGUUGAAAAAUGUAAUGAGCCAGGUGAAGAACCAAUUCCAAAACUGCUUAAUGGAACUCACGCCCUACUAGCAACAAGAGAAAAAAUUGAAUUAAGCCUGACCAAAUGGGAAAAAGAAAAGGUCUUCGUUUCAGAAGACAUACUUUUUACAAAAUUCCAGUUCAUACAAAUCAAUUUGGUUAGAGUGAAUUAUGCUGUCGAAGUCGCUAAAACGGUAAAUGUUAUUGAACAAAGUGGAUUAUCUCAGAAAAUUUAUACAGAUAUGCUUGAUGAAAAAAGAAAAAGCAACCUCUACAAUGAUAAGGCAAUUGAUACUAACGAUGAAGAACCUCUGAAAAUCGAUGACAUUAUGGGUCUACUAGGAUAUCCGACUGUUAAAGAAAGAGAAAAUUAUGAAAGACAAUUAAUUUUGAAUAUGACGAACGUAGAAAUCCCAGGACCAAUCCAAAGAACACUAAAUCUGAGAAUGGACUACAAUGGACCAGAAAUGUUGAAAAUUGAAGAAUUUGCAGUGAUCACAGAACACUUGCUAUGGAAAUUUCUAAAAGAAGAAAGAGAAGGCUGUAAACUAAAGAAAUUACAUAGGAAAAAUAAAAGAAACAGAGGACAAACAAGAAAGGAGUCUACUGGAUAUCCGACUGUUAAAGAAAGAGAAAAUUAUGAAAGACAAUUAAUUUUGAAUAUGACGAACGUAGAAAUCCCAGGACCAAUCCAAAGAACACUAAAUCUGAGAAUGGACUACAAUGGACCAGAAAUGUUGAAAAUUGAAGAAUUUGCAGUGAUCACAGAACACUUGCUAUGGAAAUUUCUAAAAGAAGAAAGAGAAGUUCGAAAAUAA